UCGCUUUUAGUUUUGACGUUUUCCCGGCAACAUUUGUGUUUUUAAGCGAAAAAAAUGUAUUUGAGAAGUAAAGCCAGAAAGGCGAAGAAAAUUAAGCAAAAUGUGGUUAAGAAGACCUAUUUCACAAGGAGCACCACAAGACAAACAACUUUAAAAAAAAGUGCACCAAGAAAAAAAGCAAAAUCUUUAGUAAGAAAAGAAAAUCUGUGCACUUUACCUGAUGACAUACUAAUAGAAAUUUUUUCCCAUUUGGAUUUAAAAUCGAUUAGUAAAUGUGCUAUGUCAUGCUCAAGAUUAAAUUACAUAUCAAAAUACAGUACAUUAUACAAAACAAUACACCUAAAGUAUGAUUUGAGUCCCAAUAUUCUUAAAUCAUUGUUAUCCAAGGCUAGCUGUCUAAAAAGGUUGUCAAUAGAAUAUCAGACGUUUGAUUAUGACGAUGAUUUAUUCGACUACCUCAUAGACGAUUACCUUGAUUACGAUAUUGACGAUUUUCUAUGUGACCAGUUUGCUCAUGCUCAAGACAACAAGUAUUUUGAAAAAUAUAUUAAACUGUUCAUACAACAAUUGGGGGGCAAACUGGAUUUUUUGGAGGUGGUAAGGUGCAGAAAUAGGGAUAUAUUAUUAUCUAUAUCAAAAUGCACAAAUUUAAAAGAACUCAACUUAACCAGCUGCAAAAGUAACUUUGAAACACUGAUCACACUUGGUAAUUUAAAAAAGAUAAAAUUUAAACAGUGCAACUUUUCACAGAAUACAACACUAGCUGUAGCAGUAGAUAUUAUAAAAAAUAAUGUUAACUUGAAAAAAGUACAUUUAGUAAGUAAUACAAAUGUAGACAUAAACAAAAUAUGCGAAACUUUGUCUCUAAACAAUUUGCAAGUAACUGAUCUUCAUUUAAGAGGAUAUGACGAAAUAAAUGACGAAAGCAUACGUAGUUUGCAAAAUUUGAUAAAUCUGAAAUCUUUGGUUUUAUGUUACAUAAAAUGCGAUCCCGUAGAUUCCCUACCACACUUGCUAGCCGCAUGCCGAAAAUUGGAAACGUUCGAAAUAUGCGAAUGGGCAGAAUUAAACGACAAUAAUUUUAUACCAGCGCUAGAUAUGCUAAGACAACUAACCAAACUGAGAUUGGAUCUCACAGAUAUUACGAUUAAAAGUUGCAGAAGAGCUGUAGAGAAGCUGCCAAGACUCAAAGAAAUGCACGUUCACGGUAAUGGUAGGGUGCAUAGGGCUCAAUUGGCCAAACUUCAGAAAAAGUUUGCAGACAUCACAAUUCCUUAUUAUUAAGUAUUUAAAAAAAUUGUUUUCGUUUCACUAAUUAUUUAAUAAAGUUUUCUACUUUGCG